AUGGCGAUGAUUAAGCUUGCUGUGCUUCUUUUGCUACUUCUUCCGUAUACGUCGGCAGGAUCCACCGCUUUCCGGUACAACGAUGAUCUGUCGUGCGAUCGAGGACUGAGCGCUAGCUCUCUGUCUGUUGCCUGCGAUGGAGGGGACUCGUGCUCAUUGGGUAGCACGGCAAAGAUAUCUGGCUCCCUUUCGCUGUCAAGCGAACUGCCGACUUCUGCAAAGCUUUACGGAAAAAUAUGCUUUCUUUACGUUAUUUGCUACGACUUUGAGGAAGAAAAUGUCGACCUGUGUGACCGAGCUGGUCUAACUGCAGGGAGCGGACAGAGUUGUGCCGAUACUGGGGACUAUUCGAUAGAUACAAGCCUGAAAGUUCCUGGAAAACCCAAAGACCUCAUGUCUGGCUGGUCACUGAAGGUAACGGCGUACCUCGAAGACAACAACAACAACGAGAUUGGUACUACAAAAUGUACCUUCUCGGUGGCUGCCGUGCAGGGAUAUACCACGACGUACACAGGGUUUGCAGCUCUCGGUAUGGCGUCCCUUGUUUUGGCAUUAUAUGUAAGGAAGAAAAGACGUGUUGGUCGCAUCAAUUUGCUGGACGAAGAGGAUAAGGCGGCUCCGUCCGGAAAUUUUGAAAUGAUGACGGAAAAGAAAGUGAUUGUAUAG